AUGGCUGCUGUUACCAACCCUGUUCACGUGUCAGUUCAGAGACAUCGAAUUUCUUCAGUUUUUUCGUUGCCCAGAAGAGUUUCAACCGGUUAUGGCUUGCUCAAGGUUCGGGCACUUCAAUCUGAAGCUAAAGAUUCAAGCUUUGCGUUUUCUCCAAUGGUGGGUGGUUCCAAGCAUCUAAGACAUCGAAGGUUUCCGGUUGUGACAGCCUUAGCAGCAGAUGAUGAUGGCAGUGAAGGAGAAAAAAUCAAAGAAGGGUCUGUCAAACCUUCAAGGAGUUUUGGUGAGAAAUUCCCUGCAUUGGUUACUGGUUUCUUUUUCUUCAUGUGUAUAAAGGCUACAUUAUUGCAAACUUGCUAUUUAUUUUCUAACAUUGUCCUUCUUCCCUGCAGGUACUUCUUAAAUGUGAUUUUCAACAUACUCAACAAGAAAGUAUACAAUUAUUUUCCAUAUCCUUAUUUUGUUUCUGUUGUGCAUCUCCUGGUAGGGGUGGCAUAUUGCCUUGUAUGCUGGGCUUUAGGUCUACCAAAACGUGCGCCAAUUGAUAAAGAGCUGUUGGUAUUACUGACUCCUGUUGCAAUAUGUCAUGCCCUUGGCCACGUCAUGUCCAAUGUGUCAUUUGCUGCUGUUGCUGUCUCAUUUACACAUACCGUAAAAGCGCUGGAGCCUUUUUUCAAUGCUGCAGCUUCCCAGUUUGUCCUGGACCAUCAGAUUCCUUUGUCUCUGUGGCUAUCAUUGGCCCCUGUUGUUAUAGGUGUAUCAAUGGCAUCACUAACUGAACUGUCUUUCAAUUGGACUGGAUUCAUUAGUGCAAUGAUUUCAAAUAUUGCAUUUACAUACAGAAGUAUAUAUUCUAAGAAAGCAAUGACUGGAAUGGACAGUACAAAUGUAUACGCAUAUAUUUCAGUAAUUGCCCUGUUCUUUUGCACCCCCCCGGCAAUACUUAUUGAGGGUCCCCAACUUAUGGAAUUUGGAUUUAGAAAUGCUAUUGCCAAAGUAGGCUUGCUCAAAUUUUUUUCUGAUCUUUUCUGGAUUGGAAUGUUUUACCAUCUUUACAAUCAGCUUGCUACCAAUACUUUGGAACGAGUUGCACCACUAACACAUGCAGUAGGAAAUGUACUGAAGCGAGUUUUUGUCAUUGGAUUCUCUAUAGUAGUGUUCGGCAAUAAGAUAUCCACACAAACUGGCAUUGGCACUGCAACAGCAAUUGCUGGUGUUGCCAUCUAUUCUCUGAUAAAAGCAAACAUGGAAGUGCAAAAACGGAAAGCUGCUGCAGCUCUUGCAUCUUAA